AUGACAUACCAUGAUACAUCUUCAGAUUUCUAUUCACCAAGCUCAUCAAGUCACGAAAGCGAAGAAAUAAAAAAUAAUUUUUUUAUUAGAAUACCUUUUUUAAAUGACUCAGUUCCAGCGAUUUGGGCAAUGUUUGCAUUAGCGACAGUAUUUGUUAUAUUAGCUACAGUUUUAUCAGCUCAUUUAAUAUAUAAACAUUUAAAAUAUUAUACACAACCCGACCAUCAAAGAUAUAUUGUUAGAAUUUAUGAAGCUAUGUACUAUAAUAUGUUUUUUGCAUUAUGUGUUAAUUAUGGGGGCGGUGAUAAAAUUUGGUACACAUUUUAUAGCACAUCCACCAAUGAGAUUACCUAUACCGUUGUUUUAGGUUUUCUUCAAUUUUGUAGAAUGGGUAUGUUACAAUAUGUUUUGAUUAGACCAGCAAUAACACUAGCAUCAGCAAUUUUGGAAGUGUUUCAUUUGUAUGAUGAAAGUUACUCAAUUACAGGUUUUUAUUUGUAUGCAACAAUUAUAAUCAAUAUUUCAGUUACAAUAGCUUUAUAUGUUGUAGUAUUGUUUUACCAAUCUGCUGCAGAGGAGUUAGCACCAUAUAAACCAUUAUUAAAAUUCACAUCAAUUAAAAUUGUAGUAUUUUUCUGUUUCUGGCAAUCAGUAGCAAUUUCAGGUAUGACUAAUUUUGGUUGGAUUCCAACAGUUGAUGGCUGGGACGUAGCUGAGGUUUCAACAGGUUUACAAAACUUUUUAAUUUGUUUUGAAAUGUUUGGUGUAGCAAUUUUACAUAUUUAUGCUUUUCCUUAUGAAUUAUAUAGAGUAAGAGCAUUCAGUGCAGCACCAUUAAUCCAUAGAGUUGAAAUGGGUACAAUUUUUAACAAUGUAAUAAAUUCAGUAAGUCAAAAAGAUAUGGUUAAAGAAACUGUUAAAUCAUUUAAAGGCACAAAAAUUACAGAUGGUAAAACCAAACAAUAUGAUGGUCUUAGUGAACAGGUUUUCGACGAAUUCCAAGAUAUAGAAGAGAUAGAAAUGGGUGAUUUCAAGUCAUAUGAACACGAAGAUAAUUUUACAGAUUUCGAAUUAAAUGGUGCAACACCAUCAAAUAAUAAAAAUAUAAAAAAUAAUAGAAUGAAUCAUCACUUAAAUAAUAUAGGUUCAGCAAUUUUAGCAGGUGGUAGUGAUCCAAACGAUUUAAUUACCGAUGAUCAAUUUUUCUCUUUAAUGAAUAACGAUUAUACAAAUAUAGAUUUAAGUAAUUUGGAUCAAGAGGCAUUGGAAGAAAUGAUAUUUGACGAUGAUGACGAAGAUAUGGUAUUCACUGCUAGAAGAUAA